AAAUUUAAAAGUUCCUAGACUUGCAGAAAUUAAAAAUUUGAAUUGAAUGAAAUUUUAAUUGCACGUUGUGAAACAAAAGCAUUAAUGUAAUUAAAGCGUAGUUAUUUAAUGGAGCAUUUACGUAUAUAACCGGACAUUUUGCAUCACAUUAACAUUGUUAUCGGUCAGCAGCGUAAGAGUAAAAGAAAGUUAGGUUAACGGUUUCGUAGUAGGUCAAUGGUAUGAUGAUCGCAUACCGGCGGUAUAGUCAAUAGUGGUUGCGUCUGACGUCGACACUGAACGAGUUGUUGGCUGUUGCCGUAGCGAGUCUGAAUCAAGACGCGACGUGAGUUAGUAGUCCGCGACGCAAGUUACAGUUAUUUUCAAGAAAAUUGUGUCAAUAUAUAAGUGCUUCAUCAGUUAACCUUAUCGCAAUGGGCAAAGGCAAAGUUGAAAACGUGGGUAUCCACGCUAUGGAAAUUUACUUUCCCUCCCAAUAUGUUGAUCAAGUGGAAUUGGAAAAAUUUGAUGAAGUUGCUGCUGGCAAAUAUACAAUUGGUUUAGGGCAAAGUAAAAUGGCAUUUUGCACAGACAGAGAAGAUAUUAACUCCAUCUGCCUGACAGUGCUUCAUAGACUUAUUGAAAAGAACAACAUUAAUCUUCAUGAUAUUGGACGGCUUGAGGUUGGUACUGAAACAAUUAUUGAUAAAAGCAAAAGUGUAAAAACAUUUCUUAUGACCCUGUUUGCCAAAGAAGGUGCCACAGAUAUUGAAGGCAUAGACACAACUAAUGCCUGUUAUGGAGGGACUGCAGCAUUAUUUAAUGCUAUUAAUUGGGUUGAAUCAUCUUCAUGGGAUGGAAGGAAAGCUAUUGUGGUUGCAGGUGAUAUUGCUGUCUAUGGUAAAGGCCCAGCUAGACCUACUGGAGGAGCUGGAGCGGUUGCAAUGCUCAUAGCUCCUGAUGCACCUUUAGUGUUUGAUUGUGGUGUUCGUGCUUCAUACAUGACCCAUGCCUAUGAUUUCUAUAAACCCGAUCUUGCAUCUGAGUUUCCUUAUGUUGAUGGGAAGCUUUCUAUUCAGUGCUACCUUAGUGCAUUAGAUAACUGCUAUAAUUUAUUUUCUAAAAAAAUGAGAGCAAUAGAUCCUAACUUUAAAGGUUUAUUGAGUCUGGAUGGAAUGCUAUUUCACUCACCAUAUUGUAAAUUAGUUCAAAAAUCUUUGGCUAGAGUGAGUUUUAAUGAUUUCCUAAAUACACCUUAUGAAGAAAGGGAAAGUAAAUUCCCUGGACUCUCACAGUUCAAUGAGUUCAAGAGGGAAAACACCUACUUUGAUAGAGAUGUUGAGAAGGCAUUUAUGACCUACAGUAAAGAUUUAUUUGAAGCAAAAACAAAACCUUCUUUACAUUUAGCUCGAAAUGUGGGUAAUAUGUACACUCCAUCUUUAUAUGGAGGUCUUGUGUCCUAUCUUGUAAGCAAGUCUCCAGAACAAUUGAUUGGAAAAAAAUUUGCAUUGUUCUCAUACGGGUCAGGUUUAGCAUCAACUAUGUAUUCAAUUAAUAUUUGCAAUGACAUGAGUGCUGGAUCAAAGUUGGAGAAAUUAAUUAAUUCUGUUAAUGAAAGUGUGUCACUAUUAGAGAAACGUAUGAGUGUAGAACCACAAAAGUUCUCAGAUUAUAUGCAAGUUAGAACAGAAAACUACCACACUGCUCCUUAUGAGCCCUCAGGUCCAGUGGACACACUUUUUCCAGGUACAUACUACCUCAUUAAAAUUGAUGACCAAAGAAGGCGUACAUAUAAUAGAAAAUUGUAGAUAUUUAUUGAAGGGCUAUUGUGCAAAGUAUUCUUUAUUAAGUCUAGUGUAUGUAUUUAUAAAACUAUUUAAAUGGAUUCAUCAAUUUAAUCAAAAAAGGCUUAUAAGGCCAAAUAGUGUUUAAUUUUAGUUAUGCAUGUUCAAUUCUUAAUUAUUUCGAAAUUGUUUAUGUAUAUCAAAGCUAUAUGUUGGUUAUGUUUUUUUUAAAUAUAGGAACAAAUCAAUAGCACUCUAUUAGAAUGUUUGUAAUGUUAAUCUAUAUUUUAAAGGGUUGUUGGUGGUUGUAUGUAUUUGAGGUUGGGAAGGAACUUAUUAAAAAUAGUCACUAAAUAUAUUUUCGCAUUUUAUUUGUGGAAAACUAUUACACUAAUAUUUAUUGUAGAAUUAGGGAACAUAUUCUUAACAUUAAAAAGAUAUGUCAUCACAAAGUGUUGUCAAUAUUUUAUAAAAUGUAUUUGUUAAUUCAAUAUUAAAUUUGUGCAAAGAA